ACGAGCGCGCACCAGCCCAGCUCUCCAGCACACGGCUGCACGGCCCAAGCGCGCUCCCAGCAACCGCGGCUCCCGCGGCGCUUGUAGCCGUUACGUCAGGGCCUCCUCCGCCUCUCAUUGGGCGUGUCCGUCCAAUCAUGUGAUUCCCAGUGUGGCGUAUAAAUAAGGGCGAGGAGAAGGCGGUGGUCCGCCAUUUCGUGGACGCCGGGUGAGGGAGAGCAUCUGCGGGAGUGCGGCCGGAGCGGAGCGGGACGGUCCAUUGGAGCGUGAGGACUUGAGCCUCCGCACUUACACCUUAGAUUUCGAAAUGCAUCGUGAUUCCUGUCCGUUGGACUGUAAGGUUUAUGUAGGUAAUCUUGGAAACAAUGGCAACAAGACUGAAUUGGAACGGGCUUUUGGCUACUAUGGACCACUCCGAAGUGUGUGGGUUGCUAGAAACCCUCCCGGCUUUGCAUUUGUUGAAUUCGAAGAUCCCCGAGAUGCAGCUGAUGCGGUCCGAGAGCUAGAUGGAAGAACACUGUGUGGUUGCCGUGUAAGAGUGGAACUGUCGAAUGGUGAAAAAAGAAGUCGAAAUCGCGGCCCACCUCCCUCUUGGGGUCGUCGCCCUCGAGAUGAUUAUCGUAGGAGGAGUCCUCCACCUCGCCGCAGAUCUCCAAGAAGGAGAAGCUUCUCUCGCAGCCGGAGCAGGUCCCUUUCUAGAGAUAGGAGAAGAGAGAGAUCACUGUCUCGGGAGAGAAAUCAUAAGCCCUCCCGAUCCUUCUCUAGGUCUCGAAGCCGAUCUAGGUCAAAUGAAAGGAAAUAGAAGACCAGUUUGCAAGAGAAGUGGUGUACAGGAAAUGACUUCAUUUGACAGGAGUAUGUACAGAAAAUUCAAGUUUUGUUUGAGACUUCAUAAGCUUGGUGCAUUUUUAAGAUGUUUUAGCUGUUCAAGUUUGUUUGUCUCUUGGAACAGUGACAGAAAAGCUCUAAUUCUCUAUGGUUUGAAAUGGAUCAUAUGAGGCAUGUAAUACCAAGAAUUGUUACUUUACAAUGUUCCCUUAAGCAAAAUUGAAUUUGCUUUUUAGUUUUGCAUAAACUAAUAAUAAACCUCUAAAUUCUGCCCAGCUGAAGUGUGGAUUUUUUUUUAAAUAUAGAAACAAAAUUGGCAAAAAUUGAACUAAGAUUUGCUUUUUUUUUUCCACUUCUGGGAUAUAGUAUGUAGCCAUGGUUGAACAGUCUUUAAAAGCUGGUGUGAAACAAGCCAGCAGGUAAAAAUAAAAGCUGCACUGUUAUACUAAAUUAGAGGUUUUUGAAAAAUCCAACUAGUUUUCACCCUGGGCAGAGGUUGCCUAAUUGGUAUAGAAUCACGUAAAUUCCAAGAAAGUUUUUCUUUUGCUUUAGAUCCUAAGUUAAGUUCCUUACGUGAUUGCUAUAUACGAAUACAUAGCUGUUUGUAGCGUUCUUUAUUUGGAAAUUUGAGAUAAUCAAAAUACCAAUGUCCUGCCAGUUUAAGGGUACAUUGUAGAGCUGAACUUUGAGUUACUGUGCAAGAUUUUUUUUUCCAUGCUGUCAUUUGUAAUAUGUUUUGUGAGAAUCCUUGGGAUUAAAGUUUUGGUUACAAUUGUUGUUUAACUUGAAAGCCUGUUUUUCCUUGCAAACUCAAAUCUGUGAGCUUGGUACAAAGUCCAGGUAUAACAUUCCUAUUGGAAGCCAUACUUAUAUUUUCUUGUAAAGUGCUUUUGAAUUAAUAAAAUAUUAGCAUAAUUGUGUAAUAGUCAGUUGAA